CCAUGCUGGUGCAUCUCUCCACAUCUGAUGACCAAACGUUUCAUGUUGUAUAGUAAAUCCAUAUGUAACCGUUUAAAAGAUAUGAUUUUAAAUAUGACUACAUGAGUAAUGUCUGGAAGAGUAUCGGUGGUUGUCAGAAACAAACAAUCGAACGCUGUGCUAGCUUUGUUACCAAUGGCAACGUUAUUGAUAUUAAGGUGGUAGCGUUUUUCCAUGUGCAAUACCAGAUCGACUGAUUACCUUAAUAGUGUGUAACUCCAAACCUGAGAGCGAACAGUCGUAGCCUUGGCAUCUUCUGUUUAUUGGAGGUUUCUACUCAGGGAGUUCAAGUAAAAAUGACGGGUGGUGACUAUUUUACACACCCCGACCACAUGAGAGGAGCCACCCGACAGAAGCAAAAUGUGAUGAUGCAUAAACAACUAGCUCACUUCGAAAAAUGUGUCAAAGAUUUAAAAGGCACUUACUUUAGCCCAACGCAUAAUAACAUGCUUCGAGAUCUGGUUCCCAGCAACGUCAUUGUGACGUCACUCGCUGUCCUACGAGAGCUUGUAAAACGAGACAUCAGUCGCCAACAUAAAAAAGGAAUUGACAUCAACGACAACGAACUAGUGAAGCAUUUUGAUGACUUCUUUCAGAUGAUUGCCUACUUACGUCGCUUGAAGAGAGAUUUCACCGAUAAGAUUUAUUCCGUCCUCUUUGAGUUCUUUUACCCAAUUGCCUUGAAUGACGUACCAGAUAUGAUUGGUAAGGGCGGCAAACGCAUGUCAAAAGUAAAAAGUGACAACCUCUCAAUCAUUAAAAACAACUCCGAACCAACUGAUGACGAGGAGGAGAUCGAAUAUGAAAUGACUGAGGAACUGAUCAUUCAGUGCAAUGAAAUGCGUGACAUCAUCGAAAGUCUACACCAUGUGAAUUAUAGAUGGGAGAAACUGAUGGCAAGUGAUGAAAUAGACGCCAAUUUUUUUGAUGCGGAAACCUUGCAGGAAUUACGCCUGUACGACAGCAGCAAAAACUUUGAAUAUAUGCUUCGGCUUGUACCUGACAUCAUCAACAAAAGCCUUCGAGCAGUUGAGCUUGCCAGAAAAUGGUGGUUCAAUUCGGAUAAAUUUUGCAAGAAGUUAGAGCAGUUUAAAAAGGAAAUGGCACAAAUGCCACGACGUCGUAGACCUUUGGUGGUGAUUCCGGAGUCAGAGUUGAACAACUGUGAGCAUAGUAAUGAUGAGGAUGUUGAGGAUGAAUCUCCACAAAUUGAGAUCCAAGAUGUCGACCGAAUUGAGAGACGUCGUUCUGAAAGGCAUAAAGAGGCGGAAGCCACAAACUACCGGAAUGGAAGAAAAAAGGCGGAGGCAGCGUCAAAGCAUUGGCUUCAGAAGGCGGUAUCCCACCGGGAUGAAAGAAGCCAAGAAGUAGUAGCAAGGAAUAGGCCUAUUGAGUAUGGUGAGGAUGAAAGCCACCAGGAGACUGCAGCCAUUAAGUAUCAAAAUAAAAGACACCAGAAAGUUGUACCAAAUAUUGAGAGUAACGAUGACAUUGACGACGAAUUGGAGUUCAGUUACAAAGAGGAUGAAGAGGAGAGCCAAAUUAGCAGUUCAGACAAAGAAUCGAAGCAUUUCACUGUUUCAAAAUCAGAAAACGACAAUAAUAUUGACGAAUCCAUCAUUCAAUUAGAAAAUAGCCUCAAACAAGUGAUUGCUAGAAUAGGGACACUCGAGGAAGAGCUUCUUAAACAGAACACGGAGUUACACGGAUUACAAAAACGUCAGAGUCGCAUUGAUGACCUAUCUUCCGAUGUAGAAAACGCAAAAGACAUUAAAGAUAACGUGUAUUUUAAAUUGAAAGACCUUAAAAACACAAAGGAUGAGCUACUGAAAAAGAUUUCUCGAUCGAAGAAUGGUUCACUGCUGCACACGGAACUAAAGAAGACGCUAGCAUCAACAGAGGAAGACAUAAUGGAACUGAAGAACGCUGCCAAGCUCCAUGAGUUUCAUCAUGAGUUGCUCACCAGUGACCUAGACGUUGAAAUGGAAAUGAGACCAACGUUGACAGGGUAUUCGCAACAUUUACAGUCGAAAAUACUGGAGAUGGAGCGUACUCUAGCAGCUGAAAUGGUGAGAAAACAUGUACUGGAAAAACGCCUCAUAAUUGCCAAAGCCAACCUGCAACACACCAUCAAAGAAGAUCAGCCGCCUCCAGAAAUAAAUGCGCAGCCAAAGUUUCCGUCUGAACAAAUGUACGUCUACCAAUCAGGACUCAGAAAUCCACCAUCAAUUAAACCCCCCAGAAUAACAAAGCCACGAGCUGAGUCCAACCACUCAGGUACAGAACACACAGAUGUCAAUUCUCCAGCCAUAUAUAUAAAACCAAAGAAAAAAACUAAAAGCAGACCACCAAGAAAUAACGGUUCGUUUACUGCUCCGACACUUCCGGAACUUACUCCACAUGGACAUGUUAUGACGAAAUCAAAGGUACCUGGACGAAAAUCACGCAAGCCCCUGAAACCUGAUGCUAAUUGGAAAAAUCCUGAACUACAGUCCAGCCAGAGUAAUGAGAAUGUAUCGGUGCAGUAUAGCGAUGCUACCAGUAACGCUGAUGUACCCUCUAGUCCGGAAAAUCACAGAAAACAGGGAAAGAGGAGGCCCAACAAGAAAGAUGUCAAGCAUAACGUUUUGUAUACACCUCAGAAUGGUGGACGCUAUCGCAAGUCUUCUGGCAACCGUGGACGUCCACACGUCACAGACCGACGUACCAGUACAUCGGAUGACGGUGAUACUAAUUUCAAACAAGGGUUAUCUGAUUACUCCGUAGAAGUCAGUUCACGAAAAGAAUAUAAAAACAAAAACAUUGAAAAACUCAAUUCGACAUACCGCGUUGAACCCCAUAGACAACGUGAGACGUACUUGCCAUCAAAACAGGUCGAAGUACUUGAUAAAGUAAAUAAUUCAAAUCGUAAACAACGCAUCCAUAACAAAAGACAGAAACAAAGACUAAGCGACGAAUCAGAUGAAGGAGUAUACAAAUCCAAAGAUAAAAAAAUACAACCAAGAGGAAAACACAACACAAGUCGGUAUCUUAAAAACAAACAAGUUGACGACAGACAGAAGCAACAGGAGACACCUUUUUCGUUUGACGACGAUGAUGCAUUGAGUAUCCCAGAAGACCCGGACGCCGGUUCCUCUGAAAGUAACGACUCGGAUUUCUCCGAAGAACUCAAGGCAAAACAGCAGAAACUCCGUGAGUUGCGCCAUCGUCAAGAAGCUAGUAACAAAAGAACUUCCUACGAUCGCCCUCAACGAAAGCCCGAUAGACAGCCUAAGGCAUAUGACUCGAAGCGCGACAAAAACAGGCGUGAAUAUCAACAUUAUGACACCACUCCCCCACCACCGCCUGGCUACCAUGAAAAAAGAACUAGAAUACCAGUCAAGCAUUAUUGAAACUCAGGGCCGUUAAUUAAAAAGAACAAAUUUUAAACAAUUAAAAAAUGUGUUAAUGUUUAUAAGUAGGCCCUAAUCCUAAUAUGGCCUUUGACACGACGUCGGACCAGGGAGUUGUUACAGUGACGUACCAAAUCACUGGUCGGACCAAAACUAUUAAUUUGCCUAGUAUAUAAAACGUUAUUUUGAUUGCAAAUCUCUAAUUGUGGUCAAAAAACAAUUUUUGCGCCAUACUAAGCCAUAAAAACUCACAUGAACCCUACCAGAAUUUUGUUUUACGGGCCCCUGAUCGAGGCUGUAGUCGGCCUCUUUGUUCAGACCCGGCUGUCGGACAUGUUGGGCGCCUCGUCGGCUAUAUAUACUGACAGUUAUUAUUUAUUCAAAUUAUCUAUCAUGUUGAUGUUGAGUAUGUUGCCGUGUGCAAUAUUAUGCGCCAUAAAAUAUCGCAUGUACGCAAGCAUCUUACUUCUUAAUCAGGUAACAAUGUUUUGCAAUCAUUAUGUAUGCAAUUGGCAAUCGAUCUAAUAUGGUAAUUAAAAUCCGGAUGCAAUGCCACCAGGUAUAAUUAUAAAAACUUAUCAAUCAUCUUACACAGCCUAUGUAUUGAAUGAUGAGUUUGCAGUAUCAUAGCCUAUUUCUCCUAAGUAUCAUCCCUCUCCAUGGUAACUGUGUGUGAAUCUAAUUAUAAAAUGUAGAAACCAAAAUGGGAUCAUUUUUUUUACAAUUCAGUUGUAGAUUAAUAUAUGCCUAUCGAAAGAACUAUUAACUUUUUUAAUGAUUAUGUCCUGAUAACUUAAACAAGUGUUUAUUAUUAUUAUUAUUAUUAUUAUUAUUAUUAUUAUUAUUAUUAUUAUUAUUAUUAUUAUUAUUAUUAUUAUUAUUAUCAUUAUUAUCAUUAUCAUUAUUAUCAUCAUCAUUAUAUUAUUUAAUAUACGUAAAUCCCAAAUAACACGUCAAUCAUACUUUAAUCAAGGAUGCAUUGAAGAGCAUCUAAAAGUAAUGACAACAUAAUUGUAUUUGUAGAGAAUAACACUAAAUUCCUCGAUGAUAAUACUUUAUGAAAAUGUUGUUCAGGCCGAAAACGUCACUAUACAAUACAUAGUUAUGAGCAACAUACAGAUUUUAGUUUUAAAAUCACUGUUAGGUAUUUUCACACAAAUAACUUCCCUUCAACUUUCAUCAUUACUCUGGGUCAGUUUGCCUACAGUUCUUAUAUCUAUAAACAUCCAUUUCUUUACAAUGAUUAUCGCCUGUUGUCCCAGUAGAAGCGUGGAGCGGGGGGGGGGGGGGCCAGGGCCAUUCUUCCUCCUCACUUUUUCUACUGGGGGCCCUUGGCACCCCCACUUUUUUAACUAAGUAGCCCUGACGAUGUCACCAUUCUAUGUUGACAAUUCCUGUAGAUAUUGAACAAAUUAAACUUGCACCUUGUCUUGUAUUGGUUUGUACAGCACCGGUGUCUGUUCACCUACUCUGCAUCUCACUAAGCCCAGUUUAGCUAAUUAAAGAGGACACCACACCAAAACUCCUAUUGCUUUAACUUUUUACUAAUCCGUGUACCUUCACUUCUGCCUCCAGUUCCACUGGUUAUCUUCUUUCAUUGGUCAACCAUGUUUGUCCUGUUCACUUAAAAGCAUCCAGUUUAAGUAGGACACUGAAUAUCAAAUGAACGUCUGAUUGACAAACUUCAUAGCCUUAGUGACUUCUAUUGCUGUUCUAAUAUUGGUUGUCAUAGAUUUAUGGUUUUACAUUCAAUACCUGGGAUCAUCAUUUUCUCCGUCAAAUUUCCUGUGUUUAUUAAUGUAAGGAUUUUUACCUGUUUAAUGUUAUAAAUUAAACUUUGAACCCAUAUGGUCUACAUCGCUUUAUGUUCCAUAUGCACUAAAUUGGUCUGAAAUAAUAUUAGUUUAAAAAAAAGAUAAAUAUAAAAUAUAAAUGUAUUUAUCUUAAAUAUUAAUUUGGUUGAUUGAGCUUUUGAAUAUAGGCCUACGUCUUGAAAUCUUGAAAUAUUAGAAAUUACUCAUACAAUGAAGUUAAAAUAGAUUUUAUAUAAUGAUAUAAUAUAUAAAUAUCUUAUAAGU